UGCUCCGGGGAGCAGCGCGGGGGGGGGAGGCGGCUGGCACAGGCGCCCGGUUCCGCCGCCCGCCCGCCCCCCGGCACCGCCGCCGUCUGCCCAAGCGCUGGCAGCCCCGGGAGAUGGUGACACAUGAAGCGUGCGGGAAGGACCAUGGUUGAGAGGACCAGCAAGUUCUUGCUGAUCGUGGCCGUCUCGGUGUGCUUCAUGCUUAUCCUGUACCAGUACGUGGGGCCGGGGCUGAGCCUGGGUUCCCCCAGCGGCCGCUCCUAUUCGGAGGAGCUGGACCUCUUCCCCACGCCGGACCCGCACUACGUGAAGAAGUACUACUUCCCCGUGCGGGAGCUGGAGCGGGAGCUCGCCUUCGACAUGAAGGGCGAGGACGUGAUCGUCUUCCUGCACAUCCAGAAGACCGGCGGCACCACCUUCGGCCGCCACCUGGUGCAAAACGUGCGGCUGGAGGUGCCCUGCGAUUGCCGGCCCGGGCAGAAGAAGUGCACCUGCUACCGCCCCAACCGCCGGGAGACCUGGCUCUUCUCCCGCUUCUCCACGGGCUGGAGCUGCGGGCUACACGCCGACUGGACCGAGCUCACCAACUGCGUGCCCGGAGUGCUGGACCGCCGGGAGAGCGCCGCCGCCAAGACGCCCAGACGCCAGCCAGCCUCAUGGGUUUGGUUACUCCUGGGACAGCAAAGUGGGAAUCAGCAUGCAAAAAAAGAGCAGUGAAGAAGGC